GGCGCAACCUUCAAUCCGUGUUCAGUAAACCAGCGCAGACGAUAUGAGUGACAUUACAUUGGAAUUCCUUCAGGUCCUACUUAAGGACGACUAUCCUGAUGUCACUAUACAGGAUUUUGAGGGCGCCCCAGGCACCAAACGAGGUGACAAUUACACCUCCAUGGUUUUCCGCAUCCAAUUGAAAGGCAUCCAGAAGGGAGACCCAGAUGCCUCCGGAGAGACGACACAUCCCUGGACUGGUUCCAUCAUUUACAAAUGCCUUCCAGACAGCAUAGAGCGAAGAAAAACCUUCAAGAGUGAAGAGUUAUUCUGCAAUGAAGUGGCAUUUUACAACAAGAUCUGGCCAGCUUUGAAUGAUUUCCAGCAACAGCGGGAGGUCAAGAGCCCGUUCAAGGCGAUACCGAAGUGUUAUCUGGCGCAGGAUGAUCUGGUUAUUUUGAAGGACUUGAAGCAGCAGGGGUUUGUGAUGCCGGACAGAAGACAAGGGCUAACUAUCGAGCAAUGCUACUUUGUUCUCAAGAACCUGUCUCAGUUUCACGCUCUAUCGCUGGCUAUGAAGCACUACAACCCUGGAGAGUUUUACGAACUCCUUAACGUGCAGGAUGGCAUCUCAGAAGUGUUGUUUACAGGCGAUAAUGAAGACUAUUACAAGUCCUACUACCGAGAAGCGACACGUAACGCUGUGGACAUGGUUGAGGAAGAGCUGGCAGACUGUGAAGAUAAGGAAAAAUAUCUGUCAAAAUUCCGUGAAUUCUGCAGCGAAGAAACCUUCUUUCAAAUGAUGGUCUCUCUGGUGACCCCGCGGGAACCUUUGGCCGUCAUCAACCAUGGGGAUUGUUGGACCAAUAACUUUUUAUUCCGAUAUGUGGAUGGGGACAUCGCUGAGAUGGUCAUAGUAGACUUCCAACUAGUCCGUUACGCGUCUCCGGCCUUGGACCUGGCGUACCUUCUAUACCUAUGCCUGACUAGAGAGCAAAGGACAGAGCAUCUACCGUCUCUUCUAGAAUAUUAUUCCGAGGAGCUGUAUAAGAGAUUGGUGGAGUUAAGUGACGAUGGCUCGGUGUUUAGUGGGAUGGAUAAGGAUACGCUUAAUGAAAUGUUUCAAGAGGAGUUCCACCGUAGCGGGAAAUUUGGCCUCGGAGUAGCACUAGAUAUGUACCCGAUUAUGACUUGUGACAGCAACGAGGCGCCAAAUCUCUACCAGGCUAAGGAUAGUGAAGUAGUGCCUCCUCAUGAAUCGACCCCAGUAUCGACAUCAAAUGCGGCGUGCAGGAAGAAAAUGACGGAUUUAGUUAGAGAACUAGUGGACGGUGGAGUUCUAUAAUAUUUAAUAAGGUCU